UCGCGGCAGCCGCGCUUUACGGCGGCGCGCCGCUCGGUCCCGGGGCAAGAUGGCGGCGGGGCCGCGGCGGCGGGCAGCGCAGGGUGCCUAGAGGCCGCCGCAGCCGCGGGGGAGCGGGGCCGGGCCGGGCCGAGUCGAGCCGAGGGGGAUGAAGGAUGCGCAUGGUGACAGCAGCGAGGCUGCGGAGAACUUUGGACUGAACUUGUGAAUACUUGCACUUUGGUCACGAUCUGUUUGGAUGCAGUAUGGUGACUAGAAAGCUGCAUACCAUCAACUCUCAAAUUUCAGAGGGUGUUUUACAUUUUGAGGUCUCUCCCUCUCUUUAAUUUUUUUUUUUUGAGGCGGAAGGAAAAAAGCCAAAAUGGGGCGGAGAUCUACAUCAUCCACCAAGAGUGGGAAGUUUAUGAAUCCCACAGAUCAAGCCCGGAAGGAAGCUCGGAAAAGGGAACUAAAGAAGAACAAAAAACAACGAAUGAUGGUACGAGCAGCUGUACUAAAGAUGAAAGAUCCAAAGCAGAUUAUCAGGGACAUGGAAAAAUUGGAUGAGAUGGAGUUUAACCCAGUACAGCAGCCACAACUUAAUGAAAAAGUGCUAAAGGAUAAACGCAAAAAACUCCGCGAGACUUUUGAGCGCAUCUUGCGGCUCUACGAGAAGGAGAAUCCCGACAUCUAUAAAGAACUGCGCAAGUUGGAAGUAGAGUAUGAGCAGAAGAGAUCACAACUCAGCCAGUAUUUUGAUGCUGUUAAGAAUGCUCAGCAUGUUGAAGUGGAAAGUAUCCCUUUACCAGAUAUGCCACAUGCUCCCUCCAACAUCCUCAUACAGGACAUUCCCCUUCCAGGGGCCCAACCACCUUCUAUCCUCAAGAAGACAUCAGCCUAUGGACCACCAGUUCGGUCCAUUUCUGUACUUCCUCCUCCUGGGCUUGGUGUUCCCCGUUUACCUCCAGGCAGGAAGCCCCCUGGACCUCCUCCAGGGCCACCCCCACCUCAAGUCCUACAGAUGUAUGGUCGUAAGGUGGGUUUCACCUUGGAGAUGGCUCCUCGAAGGCGAGAAGAAGAGAUUUCUUACAGUUCUGAAGCAGGACAGCGAGGGCAUGAUGACGAUAUGUCCAGUACUAGUGAAGAUGAAGGUUAUCCUGAGGAUAUGGAUCAAGACAAGCAUGAUGAGAGUAGCGAUGAUAGUGACAGCGAUAGGUCAGAUGCAGACAGUGAAGGGGAGGACUUCCUGCAUCGUGAUAAUGACAAGGAGCGGGAAGGUGGCGAAGAAAAGAAAUCAGGUCAUAGUGUACGGUUUGCAGACAUGCCUGGGAAGUCUCGGAAGAAGAAAAAGAACAUGAAAGAACUGACUCCACUCCAGGCCAUGAUGUUACGAAUGGCAGGUCAGGAAAUUCCAGAAGAAGGGAGAGAAGUGGAAGAGUAUUCAGAAGAAGAGGAGGAGGAAGAGGAGGACUCGGAGUCUGAAGAGACAGCACAACAGCAGCAGCAACAGCAACUCAGUGAGGAAGCUCUUGCAGAAACUGGGUCAUCUACUGCAACUUCCCAGGCGCAACAGCAGCAGCCACCUCCACAGCCUGUUCCUCCGACCCAGAUACAGGCACCUCCCCUGCCCGGGCCGCCUCCACUGGGACCACCGCCGGCCCCUCCGCUGAGGCCCCCAGGCCCACCCACUGGCCUUCCUCCUGGCCCUCCACCAGGAGCUCCUCCGUUCCUGAGACCUCCUGGCUUACCAGGAUUGCGUGGGCCUUUACCUCGACUUCUACCACCAGGCCCCCCACCUGGGCGACCACCGGGCCCACCCCCAGGCCCCCCGCCUGGUCUGCCCCCAGGUCCUCCUCCACGUGGUCCUCCUCCUCGCCUUCCCCCUCCUGCCCCACCAGGUAUCCCUCCUCCUCGCCCAGGCAUGUUACGGCCACCUCUGGUGCCUCCGUUAGGACCUGCCCCACCUGGGCUCUUCCCACCAGCUCCCAUUCCAAAUCCUGGGGUACUGAGUGCCCCACCCAGCUUGAUUCAGCGCCCCAAGGCGGAUGACACCAGCGCGGCCACCAUUGAGAAGAAAGCUACGGCCACUAUCAGUGCCAAGCCACAGAUCACUAACCCCAAGGCAGAGAUCACUCGCUUUGUGCCCACUGCCUUGCGAGUGCGCCGGGAGAAUAAAGGGGCUUCAGCUGCCUCCCAGAGAAAACAGGAUGAUGAGCCUGCUCUCCCGUUAACCAAAGCUGCCCCUAAGGCUGGAUCAUCUGCCCCUAUCUCUGUACAGACAAAGGAUGAUGUGUAUGAAGCCUUCAUGAAGGAAAUGGAAGGUCUCCUGUGACCUCUCGUAGUCCUAGUCAGCUCUCCUGCCCCUCUGAACACAGAUCAGACCACCGCAGAGGGAGGAGAAGGAAAGGUCCUCCUGCAAGCAGUGAAAGGGCUUGCAUGACAGGGAAUCGUUCCCUACCCACAGGUUAACUUGCCAGUAUGCUCUGAAUAGAGACCGCUGCAGAUAAGGUGUGGCUGGGGUCCUCCUUUCAGAGCUAGGAUGUCCACUUGGUGGAAGGAAAAUACAGUAAAGAAGGUGAUGCUGCUUUGCUGGAGUCCUCCCCCUUCCUUGGAGGGAGAUAACUACUCUGGGGAGGGGGGUGUGGGAGCCCGGGGUGACCAUGCUCUGCCUGAAUCCUUGCACAUCCUGAAUGCUCUGGUGAGGGUAGUGGAACAGGUUUUUAAGGAGCCAGAAAAGUGUUAGCAGCAUUUCAUACACAUAUGGUUGUCCAGUUUUUAUUUUCUGUACUGUUCUUUUCUGUAAAUAUUUUAUAAUCCUGUUUUUUAGUUGCAGUGAGAUUGAUCAAUCAUCUUUCUUCCAGGGUAGUCAGGGAGGUAAUUGAUUGCAUAUACUGUACACUGGAACUUUGCACCCUACCCCCUUUAUGGUCAUCUUGAUGGCUUUUCAUCAGCCGGGGAAAUUCAUUUUGUCUUGAGAGAGACAAUAAAUGUUCGGUGUAUCAAAA